CCGGGGUAGGCCAUCACUGUACAUUUAUUUAACUUGCCUAGUUAAAUAAAGGUUAAAUAAAAAUAAAUAAUUAUAUUGGAGGUCAUGACAAAAGCUAUGCUUGAUUUCUGCUACUACGGUGCAACGUAAAACGACACAUUUCCUCAGCUUGUGAGAAAGCCUGUGUGUGGGUACAAAUGAGGCUUGAGUAGGGAUGUCGCUGUGUCAAUGUUACAAUCUGCUAAUGUAAAUGCACUACAAAGACAUGAAUAGGGAGCUCAUGUUUCAGGAGUUUUAUUAUAAUUUGACUUGAACAGGUUCAUUAAUUUACAAUAACUGGCUAUGAUAGGUCAGAAACACUCCGCAUAGUGGACAUCUCAUUGUAAGACAAGGACGGUGUCUUUGAAGUGGCUCUUAAUGGUCUGUUUGAAAGUGGCUUUUAUGAAACCUGUUUGUGUUUUGUUAUUUGUUCAUCAUAACCUGAGCAGAUUUAAUUGAAUAAGCUAGUGUGAAUACUUUUGGUGAUAUUCUUUACAUUUAUAUUUCAUGCUUAUUUAGAGAUUUAAUUUAUCUCUAAAUAACCAAAUAGAUCGAAAAGACUGUUAGGCUGUUUACACAGGCUUUUUUAGAUUUUGUUAGAGAAUGAAACUGUCGUAGUAUUUGUUGUAUGUUGACUUUCAAAUUUGUAGACUGCCUGGUUUUUAGCUUUUGUAUUUGUGAAACUGCUCCCUUGACAUAAUGGAAGUCUGUUAGAUACUGCUAUUUGAUACAUGUAGUAUGUGUAUAAUACUUGGCUGGAGUUCAGUAAUUUGAAAUGUAGAAAUCCCCCCCAAAACAUUGCUAAUGAACAGCAAAAUGCACUUUUAAAUUGACAGUAAGCAACAUUAUUUAAAAAAUCUGUACAAUUAUUGCAUUACCUAAUGAAAAUAUUGGCUGCACUCCAUAUGAUGUAUUUGUCAGACUGAUAGUUUUGUAUGGUACUAAUGAAAAAAUUAACAAUUUUAUUAAAGCUUGAAGUUGUCAAAAUGCCUGACAUUUUUCCUCCAAUUAUUUUGACAAAAGCAAUCCCUUGCUCAGAAGGCAAUUGAGUGUAAAUGUUGGGAGAAUUGUGACAUCUACUGUCACAACAUGGUCAUACAAUCUAUGAUUUUCCUCACUGUAGCCUUGGCAAUUUUCUAUGUAGUUAGACACGUGAUGGACUGUUUUAUGUACUGCUAUUUCUUUAAUGUUGUGACUACAUACAUUAUUCAUUAUCUAUUCAUGUUAAUUCAGUCAAUCAAGAAGGAUUCUACUCUGGCCUAAGUUUGAAGUUUGUUCUUAUUCCUGUUUUGCCUAUCAAUUUGUCCCUGUAUAAGAAGUGUCUGAAACGAUGAUAUGCUGUUGUGGGAUGUCCAAUGAGAGCAUUUGGUCACAAGAAUCCAUCUCCUCAUCACAGCUAAGGAUGAUUGUUGUAAUCAUUGGUGGAAGGAGCUCCAACCCACUCACUUUUCAAAUUGGUCACAGUGUUGUCUGAGGGAAAUGUUAAGGAAGGCUCUGGCUUCAGUACCUGUAAGCAACAUGAAGUUUGCAUCGGUGUUAGUCCUUCUUUUUUUCUGCUCUACUUUCAAGAAAUCCCAAGGAAAGUCAAAGCCGAAACCGGGCUGUGAAUACCCCCCGUCUCAGUGGUGUAGGAGUUUGGAAAUUGCAAUAGAAUGUGGGGUUCAGAAGCAGUGUCUGGAGCUCAAUGCCACCAGGCCCAAUUCAGCAGUACCCAGAGUUGAGGUGACCCUGUACUAUGAGAGCCUGUGUCCAGGCUGCAGGGUCUUCCUCACCCAGCAGCUCUUCCCUACCUGGGCCAUGCUCCAUGAUAUCAUGGAGGUAAAACUGGUGCCCUACGGCAAUGCACAGGAGCUUCCCUCAGGGAAUUCUCCCUUCACCUGUGAACAUGGGGAACCAGAGUGUCAUAGUAACAUGAUUGAGGCAUGUAUUCUACAUUCAGUGGGUCUGUACUCGGCCUUCCCUGUCAUUGACUGCAUGGAAUCUGCAGCAAAUGUUCUCGCCGCCGCCCAACCUUGCUUACAGCUACACGUCCCUUCCAUGACGUGGGACAGUGUCACAACCUGUGUUAAGGGAGAGCUCGGCUUCAAACUGAUGCAUGAGAACGCCCUGAAGACCAAUGCUCUCAGUCCAGCCAAAACACACGUCCCCUGGGUGACCAUUAAUAAGGAAUACACAGGUGACUUUCAGGACAAAGCAAUGUCAUCACUUUUUAACUUGGUCUGCAAGAUGUACAAGGGAGGAAAGCCCCCUGCCUGCACUGGCGCGCAGAAGAAACUAGACAGGAGUCUGUGCUGAAACCAACAGUCAUUCUGCAUGCCAUUCAUGUUGUUUUCAAAAUAUAUUUUGUUACAGUAUAAGUACCAGUUUCCCUCAUUCUUUUGAAAGACAAUGCAAGUCCAACAUAAAUCAUAAGUUGCUAAUUUCUUUACUCUUGUUGCUGAAAUGUAUUUCAUGAAUUGUAAUACUUGUUUUAUUCUGUGUGAUUGUAUGAUACUGUGUCAAAUAACUCCAUAUGUGUUGAUCAUUUAACCCAAUGCUAACAAGUUACGGUUCCAUUUUGUAUAAACAGAUUUCUCUUUCAA